AUGCAGUUAAAAUACAAGACUCUUGAAUCAACUGUUUAUUCGAAGAUCAGAGAGCACAGACUGAGGACUUCGUACAAAACGGUAAGUCAAAAUUGUUGUCAUACCUACAAUGUCGGAAUUAACGUCCCUAUAGCCUUUCAAAUGUAUAACCUCUCAAAGGCCUGGCGCCAUACCCAAACUUUUUAGUGUACGUAGUUUUCAUAAUACACUUUAUUUAAUACAGUUUAACCACUUGUGUAAAACUCUCACUGAGAGCAAUGUAUUGCAUACAAGAUAUAAAUUUUACUUUGCCAUAAGCUUGCGAGUUGAUCGACUAAUUUUUCUUUUCUAGAAUAUUCAACGUCAUGCAUACCUCACUGUUCGUUGUUUGCAUAGCGUGGAUUUCGCUGGGUCAUAUGUGGUCGAGUACGUCAGCUGAACUGAAGGCAAGUUAUUCUAUAGUAAUAUACUAGUGAUUUACACUUACUGUAGAGAUGUCCCGCCUUAAUUUUUCUGCCCGUAAGUCUUCCCUAAAAAGGCGGCUGCUACGCACGCUAUACAGUAUAAGUCCAGACAAAAUGUUGGUAUUCAUGCAGCUACAAUUUUUUCUUUACAAAGACUUAAUAUGCAGAUUCAAGCAUAUAGGUUACGAUAGCUGUAUUCACGUAUAGGAAUAUAGCUGGGAUAUAUAGCCAAUUAAAAAAGGUUGUCCUAGCUUUGCAAACUCUUAAACCUUAAACUACUGUAUAUACAAUAAGUGCGUAAAGCUUGAUGGGAGCACAAGUUUCAAGCUUAGUAUAGUUGAAUAUUGCAGCUAUUUGUGAAUGAAUUGUUCUCCUAUAGAUAUAUAGCAUUGUCUCUAUGAAAUGAGCCCCAUAUAUGAUUUCUAAACUGAUUAAAUGAUGCUCCCAUCAUGCUUUGCACGCUUAAAGUUUAAGGUUUAAGGUUUAGAGUUUAAGGUUUGCAAAGGAGAAUCUUUUUUGAAUUAGCUGUAUCUAAUAGCUGAAAUACGUAAUGCUGGAUAUAUACUUUUCUAGAAAGUCAGUCUUCGGGGUUAUGAUCCUGGAAAAUGUAAUAUAGGAAAUCAUGGCAAGUUAGUCAUGGUCAAAAAUCGUGAGGACAAUGACAAACUGUUGGUCUGUGCUGAAGAAAAUAAAGUUUAUCUCUGGAAAGCAACUGAUGGUAAGGUUUCAUAUUGCAUUCUUAUUACAAGCUGACAAAAUUCACAAACUAAUCGUGAUUUGCAAACGAAUCUUUACAAGGUUCCAAUUCAACAGGCGAGUUUUUCAAUCCUGCAUAUGACUGUUCAGAUGCUCUCGACAAAAUCUCUGGGGCAAAGGAUGGGUUUUAUUGGAUCAAAGUAUCUGGAAAUGUUCCAAAAAAGGUAGUUCUAUAUAUCAACCAUGCUCGCUGCAUUUUAUGAUCAUGAUAAAGUUUAUGACUUUGGCUCAGCAACACAUUUUGUUCUAGGCGUAUUGUGACAUGAGCACUGACGGAGGAGCAUGGGUGCUAAUUGGUCGUAAAACGGACGCCGUCACGUGGACAGUACCAUCCAAUAACAAGACAGUUGAACCAUUUGGCAAACCUCAUUGGUCCAGCUCACUUGGUGAUGCUCCAAUCGUCGACUUUCGGGUUCAAGUAGCAACAAAAGAAGAUUUCAGUGCGACAAGAGCUCAUUGGUGAGUACAUUAAUAACGAAAGAAACCAUCUUUCAAAGGUUGUUUUAAUUUUGUGUUGAGCUCGUAUUCUGUUUACAUGCAAUAAUCACUGUUUAAUGUUGUUCACAUGUAUGAAGGCCAUACUUCUUGUAAGAAUUCAAUUUUGUUACAAAACAUGAAAUGAGCAUAUGCAUUAAGGCACUAACUUUGUUUUACAGUAAAUUGAUGAUCAUGCAUGACGAUUAUUAUGGAUACGUGAUGGUGAUGUCAUGAAUAAUACUUGUAUAAUGACUGUGAAAAUUCUUUUCAUAACUGCAUAGGUCAUUCAGACUAAAAAACAAACGUCCUUUGAAGAAUCUUUUGAUGCUCAAUGAAGGAGGAUGUGGUAGAUUAUGGCCAGGAAUUGGAGAUAUUUCUUAUGUUAAAGAUCUUCAGACUGAGGAAAUUGUCACGACAAAAUUUCGCUGUUCACAAUUCAGUUCUCAUCAUUCCAAGUCAGACGGUUUUAGUUGGGUAAGUUUUUCAAGAAUCCAAAUAUUUCAUAUUAUAAAAACUUUUUCUUUACAAUAUUCUAAAUUCGAGAAUUAAGAAACUUUGAAUUAAACGCUGUAAAAAUUACACAUUAUACAUCACAAUUCGUUAUAGGACAUGUUGAACAGUUGUUUGAACAGUCCAUGUUCACCUGGCUUUGCCUUCCACAAAAAGUAUCCAGUUCAAAUUGACUUUUCAGGAGGUUUUAGGUAAAUAUAAAAAAAUAUUAGUCUUAUGGUUUUCAACGUUGAUACAUCACGGUAAAACAAUGACCUAAUAUGAAUCAUGUUUUUACAGCUAUAGUGCGUCCGGAAAUACCACUUCAGGAAUAUCCCAUGAGUCAACCUCGUUUGUUGGCUGUGAAAAUCAUAAAGUAAGUUUCUCUUGGUUUUACUUUAUAGUUUAGUCCGUGGUAACCUUAAAAGGAAAACAUCAUGCUUUAAUUAAUAAUUCAUGAGUAAAUUUGCCACUGAACCAUAUAUUCUACAUCAUCUUGCUCAGACGAUGAUACUGGCGACUUGGUGAAGUCACGGUUAAUAGAACUAGGUGAAGUAUAUUGAUCCAGUCCUGGCAUUGAUCAAAAUUAAUUCAGUUCUAGGACCUGGUCAAAAUUACAGUAAUUGAGUUUAUUCAAUUAUUCUAUAAUAAUGAUCUAUAAAAUCUUUAUAAGAAUAAGAUUUUAUUUCAAAUCCUCAAACCCUGAUUGAAUGGCAUGUUCUCCCAUAUAACUGGAACAAACUACUCGGACCUGAUUUGAUUCACAUCACAAAGACUACAAAAAGUUGGUAUCAUUGUUCUUACCACUUUAGUGUUGUGGUUGUUUUGGUCCUGUUGGUGGUAAAAAAAAUUACUGUGACACUGAAUGCAGACCUAAAAAGGGUGGAACAAUUGAGAAGAAUGUCUAUACAUGGUUUUGGGUGAGAUCAUCACUACCCAAAAGAGUCUGGAACAAAUGUAUGGAGUAUAAAGUGACUGUUGCUCAAGGGAAAGUGGUUUGGUACAAGUUAUAUAAUGGAAAUACUGUCCCAGUGAAGGUCAGUCAUAAUUUACUCUAGCUUUUGAUGGUGAUAACGAUCAUGGCAUCAUGCAGAUUAUUAUAAAUAUACGAUAUUGACUAUUAAAUUAGAUUAGAUGAGAACAUGACAAAUUAAAUUCAUAAUUUCAUUCUUUAUUAUGUUUUUGCAUAUUUCUAUAGAAAAUGUAAACAUCGCGUUCCUUGCAAUACAUCCCAAAAAUAAUUAUGCGCAUGCUCCUUUAAUUGUGUCUUUUUAUAGGGUCGGUGUGAUCAGAAUGAAGCUCUUCUGAACGAUGGUGUACGACAAUCAUUUAUAAUAUAAGAUUUGUAAAUUCUGAACAUUUUGCCGUAUUGAUAUACAGUUAUAUCAACACUCGUGAAAAUUGGGACUUGAACUCGAAAUUGUGUGAAAAGUAAAAACACUCCUCUCUCCGGGCUUUGGGUUUCCAAUCAAUUUCUGCGGCGUUUUCCCAAUUUCCACUCAUGUUGAUAUAACACGGAAAAUGUUUUAUAUUUGUUAAAUACUAAACAUAAAAUUACAUGACUAAUACUUCUCCUAAUUGUACUAUAAAGUGUGUCAUGUCUUCUAAAACAAACUAAAUAAACACAUGUUUAAUUUUAUUCUCACUGAUCCUUUAAAGAUUGUUGUUGUCCCAGAUAGCGCAGCUGCCCAAAAAGUCCCCCCUGUGCCUGGGUUAUUGGAAUACCGUAAAGACACCCAGAAACUUUAUGUAAGAUCAAAUAAAACAUGGAAUGUGAUUGGUGAAGAAAAAAAGGUAACAUUUACCUGA